UGCUCAGGCAACUCCGAGUCGCAAUCGGCUGCCUGCACGCACAGUGGGUGAGGCACGACGCAGCCGCUUAGGUGACUUCCGAGUCACGACCCGCUGAGUCACGACUGGCAGUCGUAAUAGAUAGACGCGUGCACAGCUGGUGAAGCACGACGCGCCGCAGUCGUAGAGCGUGACUGAGUUGUCUCAACUACGACUCGUAAUAGAUGCCACAGCGACUCGUAAUAGAUGCCACAGCGACUCGUAAGCAUGUCUGACCUGUCGUCGCUAAUCGCUCGUCCCUUGCAACCCUACGCAUGACUGCCACGUGGCGAUCGCUUUGUCGUGUGAAUCCACGCAGACGUUCGGGUCGCGCGUGCGCGCCUUGGGUUGCGCGCCGUCCAUCUUCGUCCUGACCGUCGACCCAAACCCUAAAAGCGAUCAUCCUUUAUUAAGUCUGCUUUUCAUUCGCCUCAAAAGGGACGCCUUCUGGUGCGCGCCGUCACUCUUACCGAGCCGUCCUCCCGGUGAUCCCGGCGAUAUUUGCUUUUCCAGCCUGGAGUCGCCAUCGUCCGCGUUAAUGGCGUCCGCCGCUACCGCGUACAAGCACGACAAGGCCCUCCAAGCGGCGCACCAGCGCGAGCUCAAGGCGCUCCUCCGCGCGCCGGGCAACGAGACCUGCGCCGACUGCGGCGGCCGCUUCCCGCGCUUCGCGUCGGUGUCGCUGGGCGUGUUCCUGUGCAACCGUUGCUACGGCAUUCACAGAGGCAUCGGCGUGCACGUCACGCGCACCAAGUGCGUCGAGCUCGACGCGUGGAGCGCGGGGGAGAUCGCCGCAAUGAGAGCCAUGGGGAACAAACGAGCGGCUGCGAUCUGGCAGGGCAACGUCCCUUCCAGUGUGAGAGCACCCUCAUCAGCCUCACCAGAUGCAGAGGUGGAGCGGUGGAUCCGAGACAAAUAUGAACGCCACCUCUACCACAACCCCGCUGCUGCUGCUGCUGCUGCUGCUGCUGCUGCUGCUGCUGCUGCUGCUGCUGCUGCUGCUGCUGCUGCUGCUGCUUCUGUCCCUACUCCUGCUUCUGCCCCGGUUGCUGCCUCCCCUCCCCCCGCCACCUGUUCCUCCUCCUGGCCCAAUUCAACGCCCCUACCGCCGCCAGCAGGCGUUGCCAGUGCAGCUGCUCAGCCUAGUGCCGCACAUCCCAGCAGCAUCAACAGCAGCAUCAACGGCAGCAUCAACGGCAGCAUCAACGGCAGCAUCAACGGCAGCAUCAACAGCAGCAUCAACAGCAGCAUCAACGGCAGCAUCAACAGCAGCAUCAACGGCAGCAUCAACAGCAGCAUCAACGGCAGCAUCAACGGCAGCAUCAACGCAGCAUCAACGCACAUCAACGCAGCAUCAACGGCAGCAUCAACGCAGCAUCAACGCAGCAUCAACGGCAGCAUCAACGGCACGCAGCAUCAACGCAGCAUCAACGGCAGCAUCAACAGCAGCAUCAACGGCAGCAUCAACACACAUCAACGCAGCAUCAACAGCAGCAUCAACGGCAGCAUCAACGGCAGCAUCAACGGCAGCAUCAACGGCAGCAUCAACAGCAGCAUCAACAGCAGCAUCAACGGCAGCAUCAACAGCAGCAUCAACAGCAGCAUCAACGGCAGCAUCAACGGCAGCAUCAACGGCAGCAUCAACGGCAGCAUCAACGGCAGCAUCAACGGCAGCAUCAACGGCAGCAUCAACGGCAGCAUCAACGGCAGCAUCAACGGCAGCAUCAACGGCAGCAUCAACGGCAGCAUCAACGGCAGCAUCAACGGCAGCAUCAACGGCAGCAUCAACAGCAGCAUCAACGGCAGCAUCAACGGCAGCAUCAACGGCAGCACAGCAAGCAGGGUCCACACCCAUCCCCCCACCACCACCGCCCAUGAAACUUAUCAACCCAGCCAUGCAGCUGCUGCUGGCAUCUCUCUAAGUCAUACAUGGAACGCUGGUGUUCUAGGCGCUGGAAGCAGCAGUAACAGCGAUGUUAUAUCCAAUUCGGUUCCCAGUGCAAGCAGCAGCAGCACACUGAACUCCGACCGAAGUAAGCAACCAGCUGCUGCGCCUAAAGAUCUGAUUGAUUUCUCACAGUGGUGACUUCUGGGCUUUAUUACGAAGCAAUGGUCAGUCUGUUUCUCACAAGACGAGAGUUGGGGGGGAGUGAUAUACGCAUGUGUUUUUGUAGGGCUAAUAUGGCGAACGUGUUGUGCCAGGAAGGAUAGUAGACCCGAAGGAAAUUAUUACCAUUUUCUUUGUGCCUGCCAUGUGUUGGAAAUGAUGAAAGGCAUUUCCGGAGUCUCGUGUGAGUGUACGAAUACGCGAAGACUGCAACAACGGGGAUUAUCA